UAGGAAGAGCCCCUCUCUUUUCCCUCUCACCCUCAAAACUCAUUCCAAACAAAAACAAAAACAAAAAACCCCCAAAUCAACAACAACAACAAAGCAGAGUUGGAAUUUAUGAGAAAAUAGUCCCUCCCCCCUCAGGAAGGUUCCAGGGAAGAACCUAACCCUCACUCCAACCAAGUCACAAUGGCUGGAGCUCUGAAGGGGAUCAGGCAACAGGACCCAGGAGGAGAGGAGGAAGUCCAAGAAGAGAUGGAUGCCAGUCAUCCCUAUUUCAACUUACCUGACUUCACCCAGCCAUCGCCACCCUCCACUCCAGCCAGCCUCCCCUCGAACCAUCACCAUCGCUGUGGGCCCUCCGAUGCCACCAAGGGCCUGUUUGUGGCCCUGCUAGGUGGAGGCCUGUCUGCUGGCUUUGUGGGCCCAUUCUCCCGUAUGGCUUACCAGACCUCCCACCUGCCCUCCUUGGAGCUGCUCAUCUUUCGAUGCCUCUUCCACCUCCCCAUUGCCUUGUUACUUAAAUUUCGUGGUGAUCCGCUGCUGGGACCUCCUGAUGUUCGGGUUCGGGCCUUCCUUCAUGCCAUACUCAAUGUCCUCAGCAUUGGAUGUGCCUACAGUGCGGUUCAGGUGGUGCCUGCAGGCAAUGCAGUCACUGUUCGCAAAGGUUCUUCUACCGUGUGCUCCGCCCUCCUUGCACUCUGCCUCGAGAGCCAGGGUCUCAGUGGCUAUGCCUGGUGUGGCCUGUUUGGCAGCACCCUUGGACUAAUCAUCAUUGUGGGACCUGGACUAGGGACAUUGCAAGAGGGGACUACAGGUCUCUACACAGCCUUGGGCUAUGUACUGGCUUUCCUGGGAGGUCUGGCACUGUCACUGGGGCUACAGGUUUACCGCUCUCUACACUUCCCCUCCUGCUUACCAACAGUGGCUUUCCUAUUUGGCCUGGUGGGACUAACGGUCUCUGUCCCAGGCCUCUUUAUGCUGCAGACACCUGUGGUACCCCGAGACCCUCUGAGUUGGAGCUGUGUGGUGGCAGUAGGACUCCUUGCAUUGGUUUCCUUUGUGUGUGUGAGCUACGCAGUCACCAAGGCCCACCCUGCCCUGGUAUGUGCUGUCCUGCACUCUGAGGUGGUGGUAGCACUGAUGUUGCAGUAUUAUGUGCUCUAUGAGACCGUGGCACCUUCUGACAUCAUGGGAGCAGGGGUUGUGCUGGGCAGCAUUGCCAUCAUCACGGCCCAGAACCUCAGCUGUGAGAAGGAAGGGCAAGUGGAAGAGUGAAAUCAAACUUGAGAGCCUGGGGGAGGGUGGGACAGGGGUAAAUAGGAGAGACUGGAAUAAAAACCAUGGAAGAACAAAGGCCUCAGAAGUAACUGGUAUAGAGGGCUGGCGAGAUGGCUCAGCAGGUGAAGGCU